AUGCGUAUCACCCUUGGAACCUGCCAUUCGCUCUUCUCUGCGUCUUCUUCCUCGCUGGAACGCGUGCCACUCAUGUACGAGCAUCCCCGCGCUCCCGAAGAAGCUGCUUGAUUGCUAAUCUACCAAUCUCUAGGUCAAAGAAGAUAUCAAGGCGAAACUGACCUUGCACUCCAAGGGCUCUUCAGGCGGCGAGGGCCCUAGGACUCAUAUCCAAGGUAUUGCUCCGAUCGGUUGGCUCGGGAAGAGCUUCGAUCCUGUAGUCUGUGGCUAACUAUUACGUCUUUACUCCAGUCCUUGCCAACUCCCUCGUCGCGUCCAUCCUCUCGAUCGCACACGGAUACCAGCUUCGCUCUCGACAAGCUGCCCUCGCAGACCAGAAUGCCCCCACUCCUGUCGGGACCUUGUGCUACUCGUGGGGCGGCGACCUACUUGUGAUCGGCAUCAUCGCCAACUACGCAGCCGUCGCUGCCGAUACAUUCAGCUCGGAGCUUGGCAUUCUGUCCAAGGGAGAGCCUCGCCUGAUCACGUCUUGGAACCUACGAAAGGUUCCUCGAGGCACAAACGGUGGAGUUAGCCUCGUGGGCCUGGUGGCGGGGCUUUUCGGGUCGAUGAUCAUCGUCACCGCUACGGUUCUACUUUUGCCUAUGUGCAAUGAAGCUACAGAGGACGCUCCCGGUGGAGGCCGCCCUUGGCUUACGAACGAGCGCCGGGUCUUCAUGGGCGGCAUGGUGAUCUGGGGACUCCUCGGCAGUGUUCUCGACUCCAUCCUCGGCGGUCUCUUCCAGCAGUCUGUCAAGGACGUCCGGUCCGGCAAGAUUGUUGAGGGCGAGGGUGGCCUCCGAGUUUUGGCUGGUACCGACUCUGACGAGGCAUCUGCCAGGGCGGCCGCCAGGGAAGCCGUCUCCAAGGAAGCAGCCGCCAAGUCCGCCAAGAAGGCCCAGGCCGUGACAGUCGAGGAUGAGGACGAGGAUGAGACAGUCGACAAGUAUAGCGCCAAGAACAAGCACCGCAAGCCCAGCUUCGGAGACGAGAGACCGUCGCGCGUGGUUGAGAACGGGUGGGAUCUGCUUGACAACAACGACGUGAACUUCCUCAUGGCCGUUAUUAUGAGCGUUGGUGCUAUGGCCGGAGCCAGCUGGUAUUGGGGAAUUUCUAUCCAGGACGCCUUAGUUGUCUGA